AUGUCUUUACAUACAGCGAGUUCCAGUAAGGAACCGUCUGCACAAGUGGUCGAAUUAUGGAAACGAUCCAAAGUCCCAGUAGAAGCAAAACCCGAGGAUCUCCCAAUCACUCGAACAACAGUUGCCCAACGCCUGUCCGGUGAACGAUCAUGGCUUUGGACGAACAUCUCUCAGAUGUCCCCUUUGGACCAGGCACAAAUAAUAUCGAACGUGGCAUCGAACUGGCCGUAUGCUUCGGAACGAAGAGCGUUGAAUUGGCCGAUUCAUGCAGGGAUUAUCGCAAACUGUGUCUCUUCCACGAUGAUUGCGACCAAAAUCAGCGCUGACAUGGUUUUGUUCAAUCCGAAGAUGUCGCUUCUCGAUGCCAUCAGACAGUGUCCAAGAUCGCCUUUCGUUUUUGGCGUUUAUACAUCAGGACUCACAUACUAUAUGUUGCGCCAGGAACCGUCUGCACAAGUGGUCGAAUUAUGGAAACGAUCCAAAGUCCCAAUAGAAGCAAAACGCGAGGAUCUCCCAAUCACUCGAACAACGUGUGCCCAACGCCUGUCCGCCUGUGAACGGACUCAUGGCUCUUUGUGGACACCAGCGAACAAUCUCUCAGAUGUCCGUUGGUAUCCAAGGCAGCACAACUAG